CACAAAUCAGACUUGCUCAGGCUGUUCUCUGGGUCAGGAACAGACACGCUCUGCUUCUGGAGAUCCUAUCUACUGUCCUAUGGGACAGCUGGCAGAUACAGUAUAUAUAGAAACCCUGCCAGAUUCUAGCCUCCACUUGCCUGAGAAGGACUUGAGAGGAUAUUGCCCUGGAACUUGUCAGGGAUCUGCUGGUGGGAAGAAAACACGACUAGCGGAGUCGCACUUCUCUGUUCUCUGGAUUUUGUCUAACCUCAGGCGGUCUGGAGAUUGGAAGAAGCCCUACCCAUUGGAGCCUUUCUCUAUAAGACAAGACAAUAUACAACUGCAACAUGCCCUCCAUGUUUGGGAGAACUACCAAGAAAUUGGUCAAAGAGAUCGGAGACCAAGAGCUCAGACCUGUCAAAUGCUUGGUGAGCGCCACCAAGAUACGCCGGUUUUCUCUAAUACAGAGGAAGAAGGCUCGCUCUCGGUUUUGGCAACUACCUGAUGUUCCACUUGAUGUUUCCCUCAUGCACAUCCUUGAACCAGGCUCUUCGGUUCCAGACGCUGCUGUGGAAGUGUCUGCCGACUUCAGUGACACCGAGGUCAUGAAGCAGCAGGCGGCUGGGAGCGUGAAUGCUGGGGCAGAAGCGGGCUUCUCAGAGGAGACUGCUGUGUGCCGAGGGUCCUCCCUGGAGUACCAGAUUGUUAGCACCCCACACGAAACCUGGACAGAGCUUCAGAAGAGGAAACUGCCGGACCCAGAGCCAUACUUUCUGAAGCAAUGCCGGGAAGCAGGGGUGAAUCUGUAUGUUGUGACCGAGACUGUGGAGCUGCGCAACAGCCCUGUGCUGCAGGAUCAUAGCAGCAUGAACAUCUCGGGGAAAUUCUCCAUCCCUCUGAAUAUUUUUGUCAAGGGUGAAGGACAGGGAGGGGGUCUCAAAGUGAGAGAGAAGAAGCUGACUGUGCCGAAGGGCUCGGUGGUGGCCUAUAAGAGGAAGCAGCUGGUUUUCAAGGAGAAAGACUGGGGCAUUCACCACAUCGCAGAGGAUGAUGAUCAGGAAACCUUUCCAGCAGGUUUCAAAAUCAUGCGAAAAUCUGAUGAGCAAGUAAUUUUCUUAGGUGGCAUGGACCCUGCCGCCCCUCCAGUGGGUGGCAUGGGAACUCCCACACUUCGAAUGGCCUUCGAAGACAUGUCAAAUUACGAUGAGCAAACCAUUUCAUUAGGGGCAGAUUUCAAGCUGCUACAAGAGGAGGUUUCCCAGAAGGUAAAAGCAGCCGAGCUCUCAAAGGACAUGCAGAACAUUGUGUUCUCCAACCUCCUGGCCAUGCUUGGGGACCGCGAGGCUCUUCAGGACCUCAUGGACAAGCUUGAACAGGAACCCUUCGGUCAUUUGGAUGGCCCUGGUGGCACCAUCCUAACUGAACUGCAAAAGGACUCCUGCUAUUCAGGGGUUGUCUCAAAGUGCCUCAUUCUUUACCUGCUUGAAACCUUAAUGGUGCUGAGUGACAUCCAACAUGUCCUGCUGGCUCAGUCCAUGGAGAAGAGGAUCCUCCUUCCACAGAGGGACCUGGUGAGGAGCAUCCUGGAGCCCAACUUCAACUGCUCUGAGAACACUCCCUUUACCCUCCAGCCUGAGCUCCUGGCCCCACUCCAGGGGGAGGCCUUGGCCAUUACCUAUGGGCUGCUGGACGAGUGUGGCCUGAAGAUGGAGCUGAACAGCCCCAGGUCAACCUGGGACCCGGAAGCCAAGGAGCCCCUGUGUGCCCUCUAUGGGGCCCUCUCCGUGCUGAGCCAGCUGGCUGAGGCCUGAGCCCUCCUGGGGGGCAGGCCAGGGAGUCAGUCCUGGUCCUGUCCUUUGCUGCAAACACCCCCAGGCUGUUCUCUGUAUUGAUGAGUCUGUAUCUAUUCCACAAAUAAGUGAUAAGUCUUUGUCUUUGAUUUAUUUUGCUUAGCACAAGACCUUCAAGGUUGGUCCAUGUUGUCACAAACCACAGGCGACUCUGGCUGCUGAGUGGGGGGAUGGGUUGGAAGGUGGGAGCCCACAUGGAUGUAGGGAGAGCAUUGAAGGAGUUUCUCUAAUUGCCCAGGCACUCAGUAGUAUAUUUUAAAAGAUCAGUGGUAUAUCUGAAAAGGUAGGAGCUUGAAAAGUAGAUAUAUUUAAUUGUGGUUGAAAUAGAUCCCAGGAAUACUUGGGGGAUAUAUAUGUAAACUCAUAGGAUUACAUCCUGUGCUUCAUCUCUUGAAUGACCUAGAUUGGCGCUAUUUUCUAAUGAAUUUAUAAUUGACACCAGAAGGUGGCAGCAUUGACACACAGAAGGAAGCUUGUUGGUGAUGGCACUUUCCUUGACUUGCUUUGGGACUUCUCUCUACUCUACUCUCCCACCUCCUUCCCCCCUCCCCUUCUCCCUUCCUCCUCCUUUGCUGCCUCCUCACUGCAUUGAUGUGGAAUAGGCUGGGAGAAAUGGGGCUGGAGCAGAGGGGGUCAACACUGGCUUCUUUUUAUAGCCUCUGAACCUUCCUUUUAAACACUGCAUUGGUUGUAUUGAAUGAUUCCCAUAAAGAGCUCUGGGAGGUCAGAGUGAGUUAUGGGGAACUUAGAGCUGUUUCCAGUGUUUCUGGAAACGCCAGCCCUUCUGCUGGGAUUACUGUGGUUCUGUGGGAAACCUGUUGUCUCAUGCUGAGCCCAGGCAGAAGCCCUGAAGAGCUUGAAUGUCGCUCAGUAAGCAGGGUAUAUAGUUUCUAAAUGAAUUCAGCCAAGCAUAGGAACUGUUCAAAAUAUUGCAACCUUGGUCAACCCAUUGGAAAGCAGGGCUGGUGCAAAUGAUAGGGGGACUUAUGGUCUGAUAGAUAGAGCACCUGCAUUAAUCUGGAAAAUAAUCAUUAUUUUAAAUCUUAGAACACAUAUACUUAUGUGAAUAGGGGGUUAAGUUGUUCCUAAGUUUCCUUUCCAAGGCCUGUGGGAAGCAAUGGAGGAGGUGACUCAGCUGUGAACCCAGCAAGCAGAACCAAUAAGCAUGGUGAGACCAACUGACCAGGAGUCAAAACAUCAUCUCAUCAACAUCAUCUCAUUACCUGAUGACUAAGGACAAUAGCUGACAUCUGGGGAACCCCAGGGCUGCGCAUAGCUGCAUUCCAUCCCCAGCCUCACCCCAGCCCCUGUAUAACCCUGUCCCUCAUUGAAUACUUGUAAGCACCCUCUCUUCUUGGUUGGCUGUCCUUCUCAAUAAAUGUCUUCUAUGAUUCGA